GCAUAUAGGAUUUGGGAAAACCCAAGGUAGGGUUUAUCAGUUUACAUUUUCAGCAAUAGCCGAGCAAAAGAACAGAUAAACGAUUUAUUUUUAAACUUGCUUACAUAUUAAAACCGCGGAGUCUGUGUAAUUUUUGUCAUUUAAAAAAUGUAAAUUAAUCGUUAAACUGUGUUAAUAUUAAUUUAAGAAUAGGCGAUUUUGUUGAUGAUUUUUGGAAAUAUCCAAAAAUUGAUUCAACAAUAUUAACCUUGGGGCGACCGACUGUUGCUAAAAAUAAACACAACAUUCUUAGACGGUUCAUUAUACGUGCAAUAUUUGUUAUCAUAUUUCUUUCAUCGAUAUAUUUUAAAUGAAAAUUGUCUUCUAAUGUUCAACCUAUUCCUAAGCUUCAUUUUAAAAGGAUAACUUGUUUUCCUUGAUAAAUAAUUAAACCAAAAUGUUACCAUGUGAUAAAGUGGGUCUUCCAAUAAAACAAGGAACCGAAAACCUAGGAAUACCAUAUGAACGUCAAGUAAUAUUGUAUUUAGCUUCAAUUUUCGAUGGUUUAAGUAAUAUAAAAGAUUUUCACAUUACUCGCAAUACGGAAGGUUUAAAGAUAUUUGAAGAUAUAAUUAUUAAAUGUUCCUAUCGGAAUUCCCCUAAAAAGCAGGCGCAUUUUUUUCAGUUAAAACACUCGAAGAAAAAGUUGUUACUUGCAAAAGCAAAAUGUAAAUUAAAAGAAUAUGCUGUUGUUGACAUGAAAGCGUGUUCCGAUGAUAUUAAAAAAUUAUCAUCGCAAAUUUCGGGAAGUACCGAAAAAACGAAACUUGACGAAUUUUUGGAAGAUGUAGACGAACAUUAUUUUUAUAUAUUCACUAACAUUUUGGAGGUAGAUGCCCAAGAUGGUAGUGUUGAAGAUACCAAAGUUUCGGAUAACGUUCCAUUGACUAUGUUCGGUAAAAUUUUAAAGUGCCAUUUUAAAGGGGAUGAAUUUAAGAAGAUGUUUGUUAUUAACAAUCAACCGGAUAUUUAUAGUAUUGAAGAGAAAAUACUUGAAACACUCGGAAAUAAUUUUACUAUUGAUGUUGUACCAAAUAUUAUCGAGCAAAUAUCUAAUUAUAUGAACAAUGUGACAAGUUGCAACCCCCUUGAUAAAUACACAUUCGAUUGUAUUUGUUUUCAACAAUUAAUCCAACCUUUGUUAAUAACAAAAAUAUCGGAUGUAAUUGAAAUGAGCGAUCAUUACUAUCAACUCUGGAAUUCGUUGAUUCAAAAACACAAUUUGAUUGCGAUUGGGGAAGAAAAUGAUAAACUUCCACUAAUAGCUUUUUAUUAUGAGACAAAAAUAAAAGUGUAUGAUGAUUCAUUUAAUUGGAGAGAUUGCAAACAAAACAACUUUCAACUUACGAGUGAGGUCAAGACUACAUUUCGUGAACUUUUACAAUUAAAUAUUAACCAAAAAAUCAAUUCUAUAACUGAUUUAUUAGUUUGGAUGUGGUGGAACGAAAAUUGGCCAUUAAUUGUAGAUACAACAAAAUCAAAUCGAUUUAAAGAUAUUUUAACACGCUAUAUACACCUUGAGAAACAUUUCAUUUUACUAUGUUCUAAGGAAAAUUUAAAAUCAUUCAAAGAUUUAACCGUGUUUCAAAACAUUUCCAACGUUGAUAACGAGUCAUACCAAACAAUUAGUAAACUCCUUGUGUCUUUGCAAGGAAGACCUCUAGUUAGUUUAGGCGACGUUAUUGGAAAUAACGAAAAUACAAGAAACAACGUAACGCUUUCCCAUUUAUUGCAAUGGAGCCAAAAAAAUUAUUAUCCUGUAAUAGGUAAUUGUUUAGGCGAAAGAAAAAAUGAUUACAUUCAACGACGUUUUCAAAAUGAAUCGAAUUUGUAUACCGAACAAGACGUGGUUGAAGACGUUAUUAAUCACCAUAGAUUUUCGAUUAUAAGUAACGAUACUGGUAUGGGAAAAUCAACUGUGCUUCAUUCUCUUUCGUUGAGAUAUAAUCCUAAAGAUGUAGCAGUUUUAAUUAAUUUGGCAGACUUGAAAGAUCUUCACAAAUGGAAAAAGGAAUGGAAGACCGUUUACGAUUAUUUUUACGACAAGAUUCAAUCAAAAGAAGAUUCCUUAUUCAAAGCAAUUUAUCAUGAUCAUCAAUCCAACGGACGAUUAUGCUUCUUUAUGGACUCUUUCGAAGAAAUAUUAGCAGCCUACGAAUCACACAUCAUAGAAAUUUUAGAUAAAAUGUUACUUGUAAAAGAUGUAAAGGUACUUAUGACCACAAGAUGUUAUGCAAAGUAUUUAUUAAACGAUGUAAAUUAUAUCGAAUUGGUUGAGUUUACCCAAGAAGAAAUAAAUGAUUAUUGUCGACAUAACAACAUAUCCAUUGAUUUAAUAAAUAAGCAUCAGAUAUUAACGAAUGCUUUGCAUUUAAGUAUUUUACCUAUUGUUUAUGAGAACAUCAAAGAAAUAUCAGAUUGGGACGUUACAGAUUUAUACCGAGAAUUUAUAAAAAUACAAUUAAGUAAAUACAUUUCUGAAAAAGUCGGGCUUAAAUCAAUUAAUGAGGAGAUAACUGUAGGCGAAUCAAUUCGUCGAGAACAAUUAGAUAUCCACCACAAACUUAGUUUAGUUGCCAGUUUAAAACCGAGCAAACUUAUAGAACUUUACGUCUUAAAACCAGGAGAAAUCGAAUCUAUCUUAAACAAUUUUCGCUCUAAAAUAUCUCUUGGAUUAAUCUCAAGUAUUGAUAAUAAAGGGAUCGCAAGGUUUGUUCAUAACGCAUACGCUGAUUAUUUACGAGCAGAUUGGUUUUAUAAAAACAGUCUCAACGAACGAUUUUCUGAAUUGUACAUUAUGUUGCUUGAGUCUCAUUUUUUAAGCGAUACAGUUCACUUUUUAAACAUGAUGGCAAAUAGUGGAAAAAAUAAAGCCAUCGCUGCAAUUAUAAACGGAGAUUAUGAUACUGUUAUACGCCUCAUUAAAAGCAAAGACGAUUGUUUAUUGAAACCAGACGAUUUGGGCCGAUAUCCGAUUCAUAUCGCGGCUUGGUACUCGAAAAAUUCCAACACCAAGAGGAUAUUCAAAGAGAUUCAUAAAUAUGUACACGAAACGAAAAAUCAAAUUCUUACAGAAAACGACAAUUUUAAAUUAACCUGGAUCAAUUAUAUGCAAGCUGGAAAAACAGAUUUCGAUUUACCGGAAAAAAUUAAAAAUGAAAUCGAAGACGGAGCCGAUGUUAACAAUUUAUUUGUUGGUUACGAUCACAAUCUUUUUAAUAAAAAAAGAUUUCCCACCGGUAUGAACGUAUUGCAUUAUGCAAUUUCGUUUAGUACAGACUUAAAUUUUAUACAAUAUUUGUUAGAUAACGGAGCAGAUCGUUUCGAGGUGGAGGAUGGUAAAAAUGCUUUAAUACGAGCAAUUACAGACAGUCAAUCUCCUGAUAUUUUAAAAUUGUUAUUAAAACACAAAGUGGAUGAAAAACCCAUCAAAGAAUUUCUUCAUAGUAACGAAUGCGCCAAAUGUGCCGUUUCUUCAAAAUCAGUUUUUGCAUUCGAAAUGUUUGAGGUUUUAAUUAAGUGUGGUUUGAACCCAAGUUUAGUUGAAAAAGACGAUUUUGGCCGAACAUGUCUCCAUUUUGCAGUAUCAUCCCCUUCAGAUGACUCAUACAAAAUUGUUGAAAAGUUAUUGGAAUAUAUGGAUCCGAAUGAAACUGAUAAUUGUGGUAAAGAUGCGCGUUAUUAUUCAACGUUAUGCUCAUCAGAAAACGCAGAUAAAAUAAUAAAGUUAUUAAUACAUAAUGAUGAUGAUAUUACAACGUUAGAUAAUGAUGGUUUGAAUUAUUUCCAUUACAUCGUUUUAUCACAUUCGCAAAUUUCUAACAAAAACGCCGAGUUUUUGUUACGUCGCAAAAUUAAUCCAAACAUAGAAGAUAAAUUCGGAAGAAAUUGUUUGCAUUUAGCCGCAUUAUCAAAUUCACCAAAUUCUUAUCUCACUGUUAAAUUGCUAUUAGAUUACGGGAUGGACCCAAAAAAGAAAGAUAAAUCUGGUCGAAACCCUUUACAUUUCGCAGCGUUAUCUUCUUCAAUAAACUCGCACAAAACAACCGAGUUAUUACUAAAUUAUAAUAUUGAACCAUACGAAAAAGAUAAUUUAGGAAAAAUUUCCUUUCAUUACGCAACACUUUCUCAAUCAGAAAACGCUUACAAAAUCGUAGAUAUUCUUUUAAAACAAAAUUUAAAUCCGAAUUUUCCCGACAACGACGGCAAAUCAUGUCUUCAUUUCGAAGAAUUUUACGAAUCAAAAUACGCUUAUAAGAUAACAGAAUUAUUAUUAAAUUUCCAUUUAAACCCAAACAACAUAGAUAACGAAAUGAGGAGUUGUUUGCACAUCGAAAAGUUGUAUUACUCUGAAAAUGCAAGAAAAAUAAUACAAUUGCUUUUGAAUCACGGUUUAAAUCCAAACCUCCCCGAUAAAAAUGGCCAAAUUUGUCUUCAUUAUCACAAAUUAUAUGAUUCUGAAAGUGCUCGUAAAACGAUAAAAUUAUUAUUAGAACAUAAUUUGAACCCGAAUCAUCUCGACAAUGAAGGUAAAACUUGUUUGCAUAACAAACAAAUAUUCUACAUGGAUAAAUCAAGAAAGAUUGUCGAAUUAUUACUUCAACACGGAUUGGAUCCAAACAUAAGCGAUAAAGAUGGCAAAAAUUGUUUACAAUACGAAGAAUUGUUUUACUCCGAUAACGCUCGUGAGAUGAUUAAUUUACUGUUAAAGUUUGGCUUAGAUGCUACAAAAACUGAUAAUAACAAUAAUAAUUGUUUGCAUUCCGAAAAGAUUCAUUACUCGGAUAAUUCGCGUAAAAUGGUUGAAUUGUUAUUAAAGCACGGUUUAAAUCCAAACCAAAAAAACCUCGAAGGAAAACUUUGUUUGCAUUACCAAGCUUUGUAUUACUCCGAAAACGCACGUAAAAUGGCAGAGUUAUUAUUACGAUAUAAGUUGAAUCCAAACAUAUUGGACGCGGAGGGUAAAAACUGCUUGCAUUAUAAAGAACUUUAUUUAUCGGAAUAUGCGAGAAACAUGUUCAAACUGUUAUUGGAAAAUGGUUUAGACCCAAAUGUUCGUGAUGGAAAUGGAAAUCAUUGCCUUCAUUAUGCACUUCAAGUAAAUAACGAACACGUCUAUGGCACAGUUGAAUUACUUUGUGAAUAUCUGGAUUUUUCCAAAACAAAUGAUAAAGGCGAAACUUACCUUCAUGAAAUAGCUUCAUCUCCAUCUGAAAAUGCCCAUAAAAUUCUCUCGAUAAUAUUAAAACGUAACGUUGAUUUGAAUAUUAUUGAUAAACUUGGUAAAAACGUUUUUCAUCAUGCUUGUCAAUCAUUUUCGCCUAAUUCACACGUGAUGGUCCAAUUAUUAUUAGAUCAAGGUGAAAUUAGAAAAAAUAUAAACAUGACUGACUUCCAAGAAAAUACUUACUUACAUUAUGCAUGUUCUUCCGGCUCAGAGAAUGUCAUGAAAACAGUAAAAAUGUUAUUAAAUUGUGGUAUCGACGUUUUUAAAGAGAAUAAAUUAGGGCAAACUUGUUUGUAUCAUGCAGUUACUUCCAAAUCACCGAAAUCACAUAAAGUGGUUAAACGUUUACUCAAGUGUGGAUUAAAAGUUGGUAAUUUAGAUGCUUCUUUGUCGCCAUCAAUUAAAGCACAUAAAAUUAAAGCUGUGUUUGAGAAAUUUAAGAAUGAAUAAUUUAUUAUUGUAAAUUAGUUUUAAAAAUAUA